ACAGGAGCAGCCGAACAUUGCGUUUAUCAUACGAUUGCGUUGUUGCUGGUAGCUUUAGCUGUGUGCUGUAUACAUUUUGUUGUACAAUUUAAUACGAAGUAACUGCACUGAUUAUAUCGCGGAUUAUAUACUGUACUCCUAAUACUAUGUAGUUUAAGCCUUGUUUGUAUUUAGAAAGAAAAGCACUUGUUCGCCGUGUUGUAAUCAACAUACGUGCUUAAGAGAGAGCAAGAAAACACUUAAGUCCUCAAACUCGACAUGGGCUCAUCAAAGAAACACAAAGAGAAGGAGAAGGAACGGGAUCCAGAGGAACGACACCGUGAGCAUAAGAAACACCGUCACAAGGACCGGGAUAAGGAUAAGGACCGCGAGAAGCGAAAGAGAUCCCGCUCCAGAGACAGGAGCGGCCGGGCAACAGAGAAAGAUAGCCGCAGUAAAGCAGAGAAGAGCAGUGGAGAACCACGAGUCAAGAAAGAGAAGCUUGAUCCUUCAGACGAGAGCAGCGUACCUGGUCCAAAAUCUGCGGGUGGUGAUGCUUCACUCAGCAUUGAAGAGACCAAUAAACUGAGGGCCAAACUAGGCUUGAAACCCCUUGAUCUAAAUGAAACCAAGAAAGAGACUGGAACGAAGGAGGAGCCCCUCCUGGCUGAGACCAUCAAUCCUGUCCAUAUCCGACAGCAGGCUGAAAUGAGAGAGAAGCUGGCUGCUCUUAAAGAGAAGCGACUGCUCAAUAAGAAACUGGGAAAGGUGAAGACACUUGGAGAGGACGAACCAUGGCUGGAUGACACAGCCGCCUGGGUGGAGAAGAGUCGCAAACUAGCCAAGGAGAAGGAACUGGCAGAGAAGAGGGCUAAGCUCUUGCAAGAGAUGGAUGAAGAAUUUGGUGUGAGCAAUCUGGUGGAGCAGCAGUUUGCACAGGAAAAGAGGGAAUCAUAUAGCUCACGUGAUCUUAAAGGUCUCAAGGUUCAACACAAGGUGGAGUCUUUCAGAGAGGGAGAUACCAUUGUCCUAACUCUUCAAGACAAAGGUGUCUUGGAAGAGGAAGAGGAUGUGCUUGUGAAUGUGGGUCUUGUGGACAAAGAAAAAGCAGACAAAAAUGUGGAGCUUAAGAAGAAGAAGCCUGAUUAUAAACCUUACAACGAAGAGGAGAGUGUGGAUGACAUGAUCAUUUUUAAGCCAAAGUCUGUGCUGUCCAAGUACGAUGAAGAGAUCGAGGGGGAGAAGAAGAAGAGUUUCAGACUGAAUACCGGUGGUUUUGUGGGGGGUGAGAGAGAGCGUGAGCUACAGGCCAUCAGAGAGAGCCUGCAAAGUCAAGCCCAGUCUCUGGACAUGCCUGCACUUACCCUCGCCUCUGAAUACUACUCACCACAGGACAUGGUGGGUUUCAAGAAGACCAAGCGGCGAGUGAAAAAAAUCAGAAAGAAAGAGAAACCUCUGAAGUCAGAUGAUCUCUUGGUAGAUGACACACGGAUCUCAGAUUUCGGCUCCAGGUCUAGAGGUCGAGGCAAAAAGCAAGCAGAUGAAGAGGGGGAGGAUGCUGAGGAUUUUGACAUGGGAACCAGCAGCAAGGCAAGCGAUGUGCUUAAACAGUCAGAUGACGUGAGAAUGGCUGACAUGGACAUUAGUGAAGAUGAGGACUUUGCCCCUCCAGAGCCUGCUGUGAUGGAAGAGGAUGAAGCCGAGCAGGAGCUCCAGAAACAGCUGGAGAAACAGAGGAAACUCAGACAGAAACAGAUGCUCAAGGACUCAGGACAGAGGGUUGCUGAGCAGAUGAAUAGAGUGGGGCCAGCAGGUGAUGACAACGACCCGGACAAAAAGAACAACAUCGUCUUCAACGCCACCUCUGAGUUUUGCCGCACUCUUGGUGACAUCCCCACCUACGGGUUGUCAGGCAACCGAGAGGACCAAGAAGACAUCAUGGACUUUGAAAAAGACAAUGAAAAAGAGGGAGCCGGACAAUCAGACUCUGAUAUGGAUGAUAAUGUGGGCUGGAGCACAGUCAACCUGGAUGAAGAGCCGAAACCAGCCGACUUUGCAACAGCCUCCACAACUAUUCUGGAUGAAGAGCCCAUUGUGAACUCUGGUCUCGCUGCAGCUUUGCUUUUGUGCAAGAACAAAGGACUGCUUGACACACAAAUGCAGAAAGUGGCUCGUGUUAAAGCUCCAAAAGCAGUUCUACCAAAUGACAACUAUUGUAUUGAAGACAAGAUGAAUAUUGAUGAUAAGUACAGCAGGAGAGAGGAAUAUAGAGGCUUCACUCAGGAUUUCAAAGAAAAGGAUAACUACAGGCCAGACAUCAAGAUUGAAUAUGUUGAUGAAUCUGGUCGCAAGCUCUGCCCUAAAGAGGCUUUCAGACAGCUGUCCCAUCGUUUCCAUGGCAAGGGCUCGGGCAAGAUGAAGACUGAACGACGGAUGAAAAAACAAGAUGAAGAAGCGUUGCUGAAGAAGAUGAGCAGCAGUGACACUCCUCUGGGCACCGUGGCUCUUCUGCAGGAAAAACAGAAAUCUCAGAAAACUCCUUAUAUAGUGCUGAGCGGCAGCGGGAAGAGCAUGAAUGCGAAUACCAUUACAAAAUAAAUCUGGACUCAGGACCUAAAGCUGGUCUUUCACAGAAGAUCUUACACAAAAUUACUCUACUGCAAAAAUUUUAGCUGUCUCUUAAAUGAAUAAAAUUAAGUUGUGACUAGUCAAGUAUUUACAGACGUUGACUUGUGUGUGAGUGUAUAUUCCUAAUUUCUUGAUUCUGACAAUUUUCUGUAGAACAUUUUGAUCUUUGUCUUUUCCCCCCUUCAUUAAAAGCUGUUGUGACAACACUGGGUUAAUAAAUGAAUUUUUGAUUUUUCUUUGGAGUUGUUUAACAUUGUAGCAAAUUAACAUACUUUUACCUUAUUUUUUAUUCUCAGGUUAGGUAAAAUAAAUCAAAUCUGGCUUAAAUUAUAAGUGUAAAUUAUUCUUACAACCUUAACGAAAGACUCCUUUGCAGUUUGUUCUGGCUCACUUAAAACACUAAAACACAAAAGCCUUGUUAGGCAAGUCUUUUUGUAAUCUAUAAAAUCGUUUUAUUGGUUACGAUUUUCUUGGCAAUCAAAAUGUAUAGGCAAGAAAAUAUAUAAAACAAAAAAUGUAUCAGUCUUUUUCAAAGGCAUCAUAGCUGGAAGUUCGUCAAGUCCGAGAUACUGUGCUGGACUUAACAGCAUCUGAAUGUUCUUGUCUCUGCAUCAGCUUUGUUUUUAUUUAUUUUUUUUUUUUAAAUGACCUCAAGAUCAACUCUGUGUAGUUUGGCCCUGUGCCAAGAGACUGCAACCAUCUUCUUGCACCUGCAAUUCUUCAGCCGACAUCUCUGUUGGACAUGUUCCCAGACAUGUUCUGUACACAGAAACAUGUUCACUCUGGUUUUAACUUGUUUUAUAUUUAAAUUAUUUAAUACAUACAAUGCUAAUGGGUAACACAUUUUAUGAAUAAGCUUGGCUUACUGAAACCAAGAGCUACAAUGGCAAGAAAAAUUAUGUGAACCCUUUACAAUUGCCUGCAUUUAUGCAAAAAAUGUGUCUUAAUCUGGUUGAGGUUCAAGUAAGUUACAAUUGUGA